UGUAAUCUAAGAUCUAAUCAUGAGUUUUUUUCAGUUUUUCCCUGAUUAAAGAAUAUGAUGAGACUGUCGACAGAUAUUGAGUACCGACAGGCAUUGAAGGCUCUGGUUCUGAGAUUGUAAAUCAUCAUAACGACGAAAGAUUCUUAUCAUGUGUCUGUCGGCGAUAUAGUAAAAGUGAUAACAGGCAGAGCGGAUGCAUUGACUUGUCUGCGUUUCACUCGUUACUGUUAUUGUUAAUUUACGUUACUUAAUACCUCUCUUAAGUCAGGAAUCUCCAAAAAAAAUUAAUUGAGAUAAACGUUCUCUACUGAUAGCUUGGCCGAAAUUGAUAUCGUGGCUCAGUUUGGGACGAAAUUUUGAAGCGAGACUAACACUGCACUCAGAAUGAGUAUCGGGAAAUUGUUAACUUCAGUGGUAGUCAUAUCGAUAUCACUAUUCUCAGCACAUCAACUCGAAGCAUUAGCUAUUAAAACAGAUGAGAGAGGUUAUCGCCUACCGAACAACACUGUUCCUCUACACUAUGACAUUAGCUUGAGAACAAACAUCCAUGGCGGCGAUUUUAUGUUCGAUGGCCGUGUCCAGAUCCACAUAAAGAUUGUCGAAGAUUCAGAUACCAUAACGCUUCACUAUCGCCAACUGGUCAUUCGCAAUGUAAAUAUACUCAACGUCGAUGGUUCUGCACGUCAACAGAAUGUACGAUUCAUUAUGACACAUCCGCUGGAAUUCCUGGACAUUUUACCACAGACACCACUCGCGACAGAUGACGAGUUGAUCGUUGAUAUAUCUUACACUGGCAUUUUGCGGGACGAUGGAGCCGGUCUCAUUCGAUCCUCCUAUGUAAAUCCGGAUACAAACGAAACCAUUUGGCUGGCAUCCGUUCAGUUCAAGAAUACAGAUGCUCGUCAUGCCGUACCGUGUUACGAUGAAAUAAAAUAUCGCUCGACCAUGCAACUUCGAAUUGAGCAUCAUGAAAGUUAUAAUGCUGUGUCCAAUACACCAAGUGAAGAACAAAUUCGCAGCGAUGACGAUGGUUUUGUAACGACAAUUUUCGCAAAAACUCCGUCCAUGCCCACUAAUCUUUUAACAUUCAGCGUCUCCAACUUUGCACACACCUCAGUAGUUAAUGAAUUUAAUGUGACAAUGAGCACUUACGCUCAGCCAACAGCUGUAGCUAGAGGUGAAACUGAAUUCAGUUUAACGUGGGGUCAACAAGUUUUUCGUCACUUAAACAAUCUCUUCGGCGAUUACACACUACCGAAACUCGACCAAAUCGCCAUUCCCGACUUAGAAUGGAGCACAGAGCCGAGCUGGGGGCUGAUAUCGUUUCGAGAGAGCCUGUUACUACACACUGCAAAUGCGACCCCCGAAGAAACUACUGCAACGGAGCUGAGAAUUGCUCAUGUAUUUACCCACAACUACUUUGGCAAUCUUGUUUCGCCGGUUUGGUGGACUUUUCUGUGGAUGAACGAAGGCUUCGCCACUCUUUACGAGAAAUACAUAGUUGACAGUAUCAAUGGCCCACCUGACCAGUAUGAACUAUUUAUGCUUACAACCAAAGAUGAAGUGAUGUCGUUAGAUGUGAAUGGAGCUCUUGUUCCACUAAAUCAUUACGUGGAAAGUCCAAGUGAAAUCAAUGAUAAAGCUUAUGACGUCAUUGUAACGCACUACAAAGCUGCAUUUGUGUUAUUCAUGGCUAGAACAAUGCUACAACAGAUCACAUUUGAAAAGGGAGUACGAUAUUACCUGACGGAGCGAGCUUUCAACUCUGCAACUCCAGACGAUCUCCACUCUGGAUUGCAAAGAUCCUACGAUGAAGACAAUCCUGGGAAUGGUGUUGACAUAGCCGAAAUCAUGUGGCCAUGGCAGAAUAUUCGUGGCUAUCCGGUUGUGACUGUUAGCAUUGACGGUGACAUAUUGACCUUGAAACAAGAGGGUUUCCAAACACCUCACGAUGAAUUAUAUGGUAUUCCGAUCGCAAUUGCGACCGCAAGCAAUCCGAAUUUCUCUUAUCCACUGCAGCAAAUUUACUGGAUGACUAGUAGGGAGAUGCAGAUUUCGUUGAGUGAUUCAAUUAUCGGUUGGGAGGAGAAUGAUUGGAUUGUUGUGAAUGUACGUAACUUUGCGUAUUAUGUCACGAACUAUGAUGACAAUUUGUGGAACUUGCUCAUAGAAACGUUGGUUAACGAGCCAGAGAAUAUUCACUUUGAAAAUCGUGGCGCUCUCUUCGCCAACUUCCAUCUAUUUAUAGAGCACGCACAUGAUGUUAGCUCGACGAUCUUCCUGAGACUCGCUGAAUUUCUGCAAGUAGAAAAUGAGGUAACGGUCUGGAGACGCGCUGAUCGCGGCUUACUACGAAUUGGCAGCCGGUUACGUGGAACAGAGCUAGUCCAAGGUCAUGAGACUUACUUGAGAAACUUGUUUGCACCCAUUUAUGAACGCCUGUUAAACGACGAACACUUUAACACUCAGCUGGUCGAACUUGUACGAUUUUGGAGCUGCACGUCUGGCAUCCAAGAAUGUUUAGAUCGUGCAAUUGAUGAACUGUAUGACACGACUGUCGAGUUGUCAAUGUGCCCUGGAUUUAUAACAGCAAAUGCAACGGUUCUGACAUCCUUCUGGAGCACUGCACUGAUGGACCCAAUAAAUGCAGAUCCGUUAUUGAAUGACUUAGCAUGCACGAAUGACCUAAAUUUCUUAACAGUUUAUUUACACGCUGCCUUGGACUUGUCCAACAAUUUCACGAGAGCCCAACGAACGACAAUAAUUAAUCGAACUUACAGUGCUAAUCAUGUCGGAUUCAAUUUGAUCAGGGACUUUUUUGGGAACAAUUAUGACUUCAUUCAUACAGAGAUCAUGGAUAUUGGUGAAUAUCUAGCAAAUGUUGCCGCAUUCGCAAACACUCAAACUGAAAUAGGAUGGGUUACGGACCUUUCUGCACUAAUUCCUCCCACAUCUGCAGUUGACGCCGAAGCAAUUGAUGCAUUACUGUCAACAAACAUCCGCUGGUAUGAGAGGAACAUCGACGAAUUAAGAGAGUUUUACAGCAGUUUUUAGCAUAUGAGAUAUUUGACAAUAAAUUGAAGCUUUGGAUG